AUGUUUGUCGGUUCUCAUGAAGUUGUCCAAUCAUUGACUGGUUUAGCUCGAGGAGAUGCUGAAUUCGUCGAUGCUAUCCAUACAUCAGCUUAUGGUAUGGGCAUUGCAACCCGUUGCGGUGAUGCUGAUUUCUAUCCUGAUGGACCUACUACCGGUGUAUCUGGUUCAGAAAACGUUGUAGAAGCUUCCAUGCGUGCUGUACGUUAUUUCGCUGAAUCUGUUGUACCCGGUAAUGAACGUAAUUUCCCAGCUGAAACUGCCAUCUCUCUCAAGGAAUAUAAGAAUCAGAAUAUCAGCGGUAAACGUGUAUACAUGGGCUUCGCUACCGAACAGGAUGUUGAAGGUGAUUUUGUUCUUCAAGUCAAUUCUAAAGCUCCAUUCGGUCGUAGAGCACCAGUUCAGAGACAACAAAACUAUGUUAGACAUAAUUUAGCUCACCAAGCUAAUGCUAAGUCUUCGUUUGAUCAAAAUGUAAGAAUGUUUUGGGCAGAACGAAAAGUUUAAAACCUUUUAGUGAUG